AUGAAAAAGCCACCUCAAGUCCGGCCUCGCCGAUGCUGCAACUCACAGCUCCCCAGGAUCAUGGCCUAUAAAGUGCUUCAAGUGACCCUCUGUUCGACAUUGCUUGUAGGCGUGUUAGGAGCACCGUUUUUGUUGGAGGACCCAGCAAACCAAUUCCUACGCCUCAAAAGACACAUAUAUUUGCAGGAUUACUGGGACCCAGAUCACAGUCCAAAUGUGUGGAGUGACACACUGGCUGAUCAGGUUCGUGAAACAUGGACUUCUUUGAAAACAACAGUACAGUAUUAUUUGGACCCAAUUACCUUCACCUCUUAUAUGUCUAUUGCCCAGUAA